UAUGUCAGUGUCAUUGAAAGUUAUUGUUUGUGAUGGAUGGUGAUUUCUUAUUUCCUCCAGUUUGUUUUUAUUUGCUUUUUGCUGGAGUUUGUUAGAUUAAUGGUGGUUAAUCCUUAUUCAAUUCAAUAAUUUAACAGGGGUUAUUCAUAUAUAUAACGCCAAUAUGUCACGAGAAACAGAAGAUGAAGCAGAGAUCCUCGAAAAUGUCACAGAAGUUGUAGAUGGAUUAGCGAAAGAAUUGAAGGAGCUGUACUCAUUUAGAGAUCUAUUUUUUGAGAACCAUCCUUUGGAAAUGGCGCGAGAAAAGAAUAAAUAUGUGGAAGAAAAGAAAAAUGUUCUUGUUGAGAAGUUUGAGGCUAUAAAUGUGGAUACCCAAAUACCAUUCUCACUUCGUGCCCAAUUCCUGUAUAUGAAGGGCCGGUGCUAUAAUAUCAGCAUCACCUAUGACCCCAGAGCCACCCAGUGCCUCAGCAAAGCUGUCAAGUUGAACCCGCGCCUGGUUGAUGCAUGGAAUGAGCUUGGGGAGUGUUACUGGAAGAAUAUGAAUGUGAAGGAGGCAAAGGCCAGUUUUGAAGGAGCUCUCAAGCAUGAAAGAAAUCGUCUAUCACUUCGCUGUCUGUCAAUAAUACUUCGACAAGAAAACGGUGAUCAAAAGCGCAGUGAAGCCUCGCAAGCUAUCCUCAAAAGUGUGGAGUUUGCCAAGGAAGCAGUUGCACUGGACAUCAAAGAUGGUGUGUCGUGGUCGGUGUUGGGCAACGCAUACCUGUGCCAGUUCUUCCUCGUGGCGCAGGAGCCCGCCACGCUGAAGUUGUGCAUGAGCGCCUACAAGCAGGCCUGGCUCGACCCCGUGGCUAAGGGCCAACCCGACUUGUAUUACAACAAGGGAGUGGCAUUAAAAUACGAAGAACAAUACGCUGAAGCGCUAGAGAAUUUCGAGUACGCGUGUCGAUUGGACCCGCCGUGGGAGACUCCCAAACAAGAACUGUCGAAGCUGACCCAGUACUUGAUUGCGGCCAACGACCUCGUCCGGACUAAGGGAAAGAUCAAGACGAAGAAACUAACUCAAAUGGUGCAGAGCAUAGACAAAAAGAUGCUCGGCGCGUACGCAUCAGGGACAUUCCAUACAUUCGGCGCCCGCAAAGACGUGUCUCUGGACUACGCGCGGCUGGAUCAGCUACAAAAUGGCGCCAAUGAAUGCAAAGUUAUACUUGGAAAGGUCGUAGGCUCCAUACAUAAUGAGAACUCUGUGCCUUUCACGUUCGCGAUAGUGGAUUCCAGUAUGGAGUGCGUGUGCGUGACCGUGUACAACUGGGCGCACGGCCGCGGCGCCAUCAUCGGCGACUGCGUCUGCGUGCCCGAGCCGCUUCUCACUGUACACCAGCAUGACUCACCCACACUGCAAUACUCAUUCAAAUCUAUCCGCCUGAACAACCCUCUGCUGAUGCUGGUGAACGGCAAGCGGGUGUCGCGCAACCAGUUCGCCAGCACCCAGGUGUCCAGCACCUACGAGCUGCAAUGACCCCAGUACUGCCCUCUGCAGGUGCCGCAUAGGGACACAGUGAUACAGUGAAGUGAAGUGAAGAUAAUUCUAGUGUUGUGAAAGUGAAGUAAUGAUAGUUCCAGAAUAGUGAAGGAUAGAAAUCUGUCCAUUCUUUUACUUCAACGGAAGAAAGUACUAUACAUGUGAAUCAAAUUGGUAUACAAACUCAUGGUUUUGAACCAAGAACCUUUCGAUCACAGGCUCCUAAUCUAACCUACCUAACUUAUCUUUACCAAUGGACCGCCACGUUAGUACCGUUAAUGUUGUGAUAAAAAAUGGUCUACAAGUGCACUACUAUACUAUACACAUAAGUAUACUAUACGUGCACACUCUGUCCCGUUCCUUGUUUGUCGUCUAGAAAUCCGCGCUAAUUUUAUCAGAUGCAAAAUUUCAUAAAAUGAUAGUUGGUCUGAAUAUCCGAACUAUUUUUUAAUUUUUGUAGAAAAAAGGGUCCCUCUGAAUGUUGGAACAAUUUUCAAUGUUUGUAAAAAUUAUAUUGUGUUUAUGUAAUUUAAAAGAAUCAAGUAUGUAAAUGGUUUCAAAUGGCGUUGGUGCUUAAAGUGUUGAUAAAAUAUCUGUGAUUUGAGGAAGGAAGCUCAGUAGUUAGAUAUGUGGUUAAUCCAGACAUGAUUACAUGGUUCUAAAUAUUUGAAAUAAUACUUGUCUUGUGAUUUUUUUAAAUCAAUAACAAAUAAAUGUUAAAAUUAAAAAUACGAACACUGAUUUCAUAAAAAUUAUAACUAACAUUGAAAAUAAAAUAAAUAAUUCACAAAAACUCACAUAUCUUUAAAACAUAUUACUAAGUAUUUUAUUUUUACAUAUAUGCUAUUUAAUGUUUUAAUAAAAUUAUUUUUUUUUUUUUAGGUAGGUACUAGAAAACAAAAGGAACCAUGAUUUGUAUUUUUAUUAAAGAAUACACUUUAAAAACUCCAUCUCACUAAUAUUAAAGGAUAAGUUUGUGAGUAUGUUUGUUACUUCUUCAAAUUCUGGGCAAAUUCUUAUAAAAUUUAUUUUGGCUUUAUUAAGUAGAUUAUGCAUAAAUUUGUAAGGUAAUUUUAAUACGCGGGUGACACCGCAGCGUGCAGCUAGUCAAUAAUAAAAACAUCUUUGCACAUUUGAAACUAAAUACGUAUUUAUAACAGAAUGAAUUUGUAUUGUAAUAAAGAUUUAAAGUGUGUAUUUAAAUAAAAAUACAUGUCGACAUUGUGUAUAUUUCAAUAACUGAGCAAAUUUAGUAUGAGUAUGUAAUGAUUGUAUAGACCUAUAUUAGUAUUUGCUAAUAUGCUAAUAUGGGUUCGUGAAGAUUUUGUAUUGAAUAAAUAUAAGUAGGCAUUAAAUUGUGAUAUGUUUGUUUGGUUAAAGUAUGUAUGUAUUUUUAGGAUAGCAUUAUAUGGCAACUAAUUAUGGUAUAAUUGUGUGACAAAUAUAUGAGUUGUAGUCAAUGAGUAAAUGCCAGUAGGUAUGCAGGGUUAAAUCUUAAUUUCUUUGAGCAAUCAAGUUUUAAAAUAACCAAUAGGUUAUUUUCAAAAAAACCAGUGUCAAAGUCUCUAUAUAAAAGUUGGGUUUUCACUCGACUACUGGGGGAAACAUUAAGAUUAAACCCAUAUUUUAAAACAAAACAACUACAUUUUCUGAUUACAGCAUCUUAUGUGGUAUAUGCUGACCAGUGAAAUAUUAUAUCAAUAAUGCUUCUUUAUUAAAACUAACUUAACUUUAUUUAAAGUAUUUUAUAUAACUUAUGUAUUAUCUUAGAGAUAACGAAUUAAAUUCGUAAUAAAAUUAUAGACAAAUGUACAACUUGGUCGAAAUUUUGUACUAUCUGCAAUAGAUAACUAUUAAAUUUGGUACUAAAAUAUUUUCACUUAUUUAAAUAAUAUGCUUACAAAUAAUGCAUGCCUCAAAGUCAGAACUGUUCAACUUAUGUUGUAUCUUAUCUUUAUAUUAUCUACACCAUAUAACUUCACAAUAAUUUUGCAAUAAAAUUGUGUUUUAGUCUGUC